UCAAGAGCGCUAGUCCUCUCCCGUCCAUCGACGUGGCCGCACCUGGUGUGUCUUUUGCGUGCUGCCACGGACGUUUAUAAUUCUUAAACGUUGUCUAUAGUUUUGUUGUUGAAUUAACAACUAUUUUAACUAAAUUGGUAGACUUUGAAGUCAAUUAAACCAUUUUAUUUGGUGAUAAGUUUGCAUCGAUUCGAACCGAUUGAUCAAUCAUCAGCCAGAUAAGCAUCGGAAAUUAUUUGGCAGUGAUCAAGAACUAUUGACAAGUGUUGUAAAGACGAAUGUUAUGUGUUUGUGAUUAAUUAUAAGAGACUACCAGCUUAUUAUCAACCGGAUUCAAACCGCGUGGGAGUUCAAAGAAACUAAAGAUGAACCAACAGUGCAAGGUUUGCGGCGAGCCUGCAGCAGGCUUCCAUUUCGGAGCAUUUACCUGUGAGGGUUGUAAGUCUUUCUUCGGUCGGACGUACAACAACUUGGGAAGCAUAUCUGAGUGUAAGAAUGGAGGGAUGUGCGUCAUCAACAAGAAGAACAGAACAGCUUGCAAGGCAUGCCGACUACGCAAAUGUCUGAUGGUUGGAAUGUCCAAGUCAGGUUCACGAUACGGAAGAAGAUCCAAUUGGUUUAAGAUUCAUUGUCUUCUCCAGGAACAGACUCAUAAUAAUCAUGGAUCCACUCCUUCAUUUGGGUCUGGUUUUCUUCCUGGUUUCCUACCACCAUCACACACCAGUCAAAGUGUCUUCAAAGACAAAGACCGCACGUCACCAAGCCAAGAAGAUCUGGCACUUCAAUCCCACCUGCUCCACGUGGCUAUGCUGAAGCAGGAGCGUGAACGUAGCAACAAGUCACCUCAUCCAGACGAUGUAGCUUUGCAAAACCAGUUGCGAUUACUCGCUUGGCAAAAGGAGCGAGAACGUGCGGGUCAGCCACAUCAGCCACCUGGAACCCCACCGAGAGACGGCACGCCACCGUCGUUUGGUUACAAGCACCCUACGACCUCGCCUAUGUUCCCUGUGAACUUUGCUCACAAGGAAAUCACUAGUCCUCCAGAGUUUCGUCCAUUCCUUCCAAGUUACAAAAGAGCUGCUGAUACCCCAAGCGAUAGUGGAGCAUCCUCUAUUGAUGGCAAUGAUCACGAUGAGUCUCGAAGCAAUUCUGCAUUGAGUUAUUUCAAAACUUCAGCUUCACCUACGCUCUCAGAACGUGAGUUUCCUCCUAGAAAAAUAAACGCCACAGUUACUCUCACUGCUGGCUUCCAUCCACAUACUGGAUUGGGUCUCGUUUACCCUCCAGCUGGGCUUGUUACUCCAGCAGCAUCUCAACAUUCGCCAAGAGGUGGAGAUUUACUUCUCGUCAGCCCGAGCCCUGGAGGCUUAGCUGUCGAGCAAGAUGAGCCCAUCGAUCUUAGUAUCAGGUCGACAAGGAGUUCACCAAGACCCAGCAGGACUCCUGAACAAAAGCAAGAAACUAGACCUGAAAGUCGCAAUAAUAUUCCUGAAGAAACUACUACUAAGAGCAAACCUCUAGACUUAACACUCAGUGUAAAGAGGCCCACUGAGGUCCCUCUUUCUCUUUAAAUUAUUUUUUAUGUAAUCCAAGUGAGCUAGACUCACUAAUUAAUCCACAAAAAUUGUGUUCAAUUUGUAUAUACUUAAUAACUCGCGAUGACAAUUAAUUUAUUACCGAUUAGAUAGCAAAAAGAUUAUAUUGUGUUUGUUAUUAUGUUUUUUUGUAACUCAUCUUUUUUUUUAACGCUGUAUGGAUGGAAGUCUAUGCAUAAGGAGGCCAGUAGUACGGUGACUUAAUAUAUUCAAAAAAAAUAUUUAUAUGUAUAAAAAACAAUGUAUACAUAUAGAGUAAAAUUUAGAAGUAAAAUAUAACCAGUAGUGCUGGUAAAAAUUUCAUUAAAUCAUUCUUUUUUUUUUAUUAUAAUUAUAUCUAUUAAAAGAGAGUAUUUAAUACUGUUAGAUUCUAUUGUUAAGUAUACACUGGACCAUAGGCUCAAAUUUUAAUAAAAUUAUAUAAAAAUUUAUCCACUCGUUUCUUUUAAUAGAAAUAAUUAUUUACAAUUAAUGUACACAAUUUUAUUGAAAUGUACGAUUUCUCUUUAGCAUCAAAUUAUAUUUUUGUAAAUAAAUAAAAUCAUGAUGAAAGCCGUGGUUUUAUAUUGAUGUAAAUAAUAGUAAAUAAGAGGUGAUGAUGAGGCCAGUAAGCAACGAAAUAAAUAUUUUUUCUUAACGUGUAUAAGUAA